UCCCCAAAGAGAAAGUAGUCGGGACCGGCAGCUUCCGGGGCCAAGUCUGUGUCUUCUUUUAGUUCCUCCCAUUUGCUUCUACUGGGUUGCUGUUUAAGGAGCGCAGUCAGCGACUGGUGGAGUCGGAAGUUCCUGGAGAUUGUCUGAUGAAGAAACUGAGAUCCAGAGUUAGACUUGCCUGAGGUCUCAUAGCAAGAUACGUGACAAAAAGGGAGGACUAGACCAACCCAGUCUUCUAAAUCUCAUCCUUGUGGGAUGUAAAAAGAUAGUUCAAAAUAGAAGGCAGUUCUAACCAACAGAAAUAUGACUCAGGAAAGUAGUUAUGGAAAAUGGACUGUUUCCAGCAGUGAUGAAAGUGAAAGUGAUGAAAAGCCAUCUUCACUUGAUGAAAAGAAGACAUGCUUUGAGAAACCUUCUACCUCUUCUCUGCCUAAUUUUGGGCGAGAUGUGCUGAAUGAUCCUGGAUACACGUGUUCUGAUGCCCGGAAAGCUGCUCACCGCAGGAAAUUAUCACCAGUGAAAUUUGACAGUAAAAGUUCGACUUCCCAAAUCUCGCUCCCCAAAAAGCAGAAGAGUUCCCAGGAAGAUUUAGGCUGGUCCUUGUCAAGUAGUGAUGAGGAGUCCCACCCAAAAGGCCCAUCAAGGCAUCCAGUUAAGGAGGAAAGAUGUCCCUCUCCAAAAGAACCAUCUGAACAUAGAACUAGAGAUAAUCAGCCUCCCAUCUUCCCAAAGACAGAAGAGGAUGAUGUCACUUUCGAUGAAGCCCAAGAGUCUUGGAAUCUGUUAGAUGAGAAGAAUCUAUUCAGAUUUUAUCUCACCAAAGUCUCAGGAAUUUUGCCCAAGUAUAACUCAGGAGCACUCCACAUUAAAGAUAUUUUAUCUCCUCUUUUUGGGACUCUCUUGUCUUCAGCUCAGUUUAACUACUGCUUUGAAGUAGACUGGCUUGUAAGACAGUACCCACUAGAGUUCAGGAAAAAGCCCAUCUUGCUUGUGCAUGGGGACAAAAGAGAAGCUAAAGCUAGAUUACAAGAGAAAGCAAAGCCUUAUGAAAACAUCUCCCUUUGCCAGGCCAAGUUGGAUAUUGCAUUUGGAACUCAUCAUACGAAAAUGAUGCUGCUGUUGUAUGAAGAAGGUCUUCGAGUUGUCAUCCAUACUUCCAAUCUUAUUCAAGCUGACUGGCAUCAGAAAACUCAAGGAAUAUGGCUCAGCCCUUUAUAUCCACGACUACCAUAUGGAACACCCAGUACUCAUGGUGAAUCAUCAACAAACUUCAAAUCUGAUCUCAUAAGCUACUUGAUGGCUUACAAUGCUCCUCCCCUCAAAGAAUGGAUAGAUAUCGUCCAAAAGCAUGACCUUUCUGAAACAAGAGUUUAUCUUAUUGGGUCAACUCCUGGACGAUUUCAGGGGAAACAUAUAGAAGACUGGGGCCAUUUUCGGCUAAGGAAGCUUCUGAAAGAGCACACUUCAUUGCUACCUGAGCAACAGUCUUGGCCUAUUGUAGGCCAGUUUUCAAGCAUCGGCUCCUUGGGAGCUGAUGAGUCUAAAUGGCUUUGUUCUGAGUUUAAAGAUAGCCUGGUGAUUCUAGGAAAUCAUGGAAAGAAUCAAGGACAGCAUAAUGUCCCUCUCCAUUUGAUUUAUCCCACGGUGGAGAAUGUCCGGAACAGUUUGGAAGGCUAUCCUGCUGGUGGCUCUCUUCCAUACAGUUUACAAACUGCAGAGAAACAAGUCUGGCUCCACUCCUAUUUUCACAAAUGGUCAGCAGAGACCUCAGGUCGUUCCAACGCCAUGCCUCACAUUAAGACGUAUAUGAGACUUUCUCCAGACUUUGCAAAGAUGGCUUGGUUUCUUGUCACAAGUGCGAAUUUAUCUAAGGCUGCUUGGGGAGCUUUGGAGAAAAAUGGUACCCAGCUGAUGAUCCGAUCUUAUGAACUUGGAGUUCUUUUUCUCCCGUCAGCGUUUGGAAUGGAUACCUUCAAAAUCAAGAGGAAAGUCUUUUCAGAAAAGCAAGAACCAGCGACCUCUUUUCCUGUGCCUUAUGAUUUGCCUCCAGAAAUUUACAACAGUAAAGAUCGUCCAUGGAUUUGGAAUAUCCCCUAUGUUAAGGCACCAGACACCCAUGGAAAUAUGUGGGUUCCAUCAUGAAACAAGUUGAAGUAGGGAAGUCAGACCAACACAGAGCUUAGACUGGAUUCUUUCUUAUGCUUGGGUAUAGGAUGACACACACAAUGUCCAUUUAAAUAAAUAAGUAAUUGUUUGGAAGAGUAUUGAACAAGACAACUUGAAGAAAAUAUGUCCAAGAAACUAAAGAUUGGGGGUUUUUUGUAUGUAUUAUUAAAAAUAUUUUAAUUCAUUUUAUAUAUACUUCACAUUUACACAAUUCACUUACACAUACAUUUUGAAUCGGUGCUUAAUGUUAAAGUAAAAAAAUAACAAAUUUAGAUUUUAAAAUAGCCUCAAUGUUGUCUAAGCAAAUUUGAAACCAGUUAUUUAUUGUUUCUAUGUUACGUUCUCACUGUUCACUGUGAAAGAUGCUGUUUGUACAACUGAAUCUCCUAACAAAUAAAUAAAUGAUAAUUUAGUUAAA